AUGGCUCAGUUGACUCGCCGGGCCACGGAUCUCUUGAAACCCUUCUCCGUCGCACUUUCAUCCACGCGCCUCCUCACCACCACCACCUCUACCACCCCAAUCACCGUCGAGACAUCUCUCCCCUUCACUGGCCACAGGAUCGAUCCGCCGUCUCGCUCCGUCGAGACCACUCCUCAGGAGCUUAUGACCUUCUUUCGCGACAUGGCUCUUAUGCGUCGGAUGGAAAUCGCUGCCGACUCUUUAUAUAAGGCGAAAUUGAUUAGGGGAUUCUGUCACCUUUACGAUGGUCAGGAAGCAGUGGCAGUGGGUAUGGAGGCCGCGAUUACUAAGAAAGAUUGCAUAAUCACGGCAUAUCGCGACCACUGUAUUUUCCUUGGUCGCGGUGGAACCCUUCUCCAAUGCUUUGCGGAGCUUAUGGGGCGAAAGGAUGGAUGUUCUAAAGGGAAAGGAGGCUCGAUGCAUUUUUACAAGAAGGAUAGCGGUUUUUAUGGAGGGCAUGGGAUCGUGGGGGCACAGAUUCCAUUGGGGUGUGGAUUGGCUUUUGCACAGAAAUACAGUAAAGAUGAGACUGUGACAUUUGCUUUGUACGGUGAUGGUGCGGCGAAUCAGGGGCAGUUGUUCGAGGCAUUGAAUAUGGCUGCUCUGUGGGAUCUGCCUGCGAUUCUGGUCUGCGAGAAUAAUCACUAUGGGAUGGGGACAGCAGAAUGGAGGGCAGCAAAGAGUCCAGCUUAUUACAAGAGAGGGGAUUAUGUUCCUGGUUUGAAGGUAGAUGGUAUGGAUGUCUUUGCUGUUAAACAAGCAUGCAAGUUUGCCAAGGAGCAUGCUUUGAAGAAUGGACCAAUUGUGAGUGCAUACUGA